AAACCUCAAAACAGACCCAAAUUCCCAAAUGGCCCCUUAAUUCUCUUCUCUGUAGUCUGCAUCACUUCUUCCUUCUUUCUCUUCUUCGUUCUGAGUUCCCCUUCAUCCGUCCUCCCUUUACCCGUCGCGCCACUUUCUCCGCCGCUAAACUGCUCUGCUGCCCACUGCUACUCUGCCACCUCCUCUGAGGAAGAGAAAGGAAGGGAAUUGGUGGAACUUGCUGUAUUCAACUGAAUUAUCAUCCCUAGCAUUUCUGGACUCUGGAUCUUGUAUAUCCAGAAACUUCUUUCAGAUUUACAAACAUGUUGCAGUGCAUAUUCCUUCUUUCCGAUUCUGGAGAGGUGAUGCUAGAGAAACAACUCACUGGCCACCGUGUAGAUCGCUCCAUAUGUGGCUGGUUUUGGGACCAGUCCAUUUCUCAAGGUGACUCCUUUAAGCAACUUCCAGUUAUUGCUUCUCCCACACAUUAUCUUUUCCAAGUUUUCCGUGAGGGAAUCACCUUUCUGGCUUGCACCCAAGUUGAGAUGCCACCAUUGAUGGCCAUUGAGUUCCUUUGUAGGGUAGCAGAUGUCCUCAAUGAUUACCUUGGGGGUUUGAACGAAGAUUUGAUAAAGGACAACUUUAUCAUUGUUUAUGAGCUGCUGGAUGAGAUGAUAGAUAAUGGCUUCCCACUAACUACAGAACUUAACAUCCUGCAAGAGAUGAUAGCUCCACCGAAUAUUGUUAGUAAAGUCUUGAGUGUUGUCACUGGCACCAGUUCCAAUGUAAGCGACACUCUUCCUGGUGCAACAUCUUCUUGUGUUCCCUGGAGAACGGCGGACGCAAAGUAUGCCCAGAAUGAAGUUUAUGUAGAUCUUGUGGAAGAAAUGGAUGCUACAAUAAACAGGGAUGGAGCUCUGAUGAAAUGCGAGGUCUAUGGCGAAGUUCAAGUAAAUUCCCACAUCACUGGUCUUCCUGACCUGACGCUUUCAUUUACAAAUCCUUCGAUCCUAGAUCAAGUGAGGUUCCAUCCCUGUGUUAGAUUUCGCCCAUGGGAAUCACAUCAGAUUCUUUCAUUUGUGCCUCCUGAUGGACAAUUUAAACUUAUGAGUUACAGGGUUAGAAAAUUGAAGAGCACCCCAAUAUAUGUAAAGCCACAGUUGACAUCAGAUGGUGGGACAUGCCGUCUUAACGUAAUGGUUGGCUCAAGAAACGAUCAUGGAAAGACUAUUGAUUCAGUUACAGUUCAGUUUCAGCUUCCUUCGUAUAUUUUAUCUGCGGAUCUUACCUCAAAUCAUGGAACCGUAAACAUCCUUGCUGACAAGACAUGCACUUGGAACAUUGGUCGGAUUCCAAAAGAUAAAGCACCUUCAAUGUCUGGAACAAUGGUGCUCGAGACUGGAUUGGAGCGCCUUCAUGUCUUCCCUACAUUUAGAGUGGGUUUUAAGAUGAUGGGUGUUGCUCUCUCUGGCCUGCAAAUAGAUAAACUGGAUUUGAAGACUGUACCUUACCGUUUCUACAAAGGUUUUCGUGCUGUUACCCGUGCAGGCGAAUUUGAAGUCAGAUCAUAACCUUGUGUAUCCCAUUAAGAAGUCCUCUGAGACAUGAUGAGAUUCUAGAUAUGAAAUUCUGCUACAUAAUGGCUGGUUUUAUUUGUAAAGUGAAUACUUAAUAGUGUGUUCUGCUGUCUGAAAUAUCUUGUUUUCAUGAAGCAGCAUUGCCACUUAUAAUUUGAAUAUAAUGUAUUAUCUUUUGGUCUUUAAAUUGGCAUUAGUGUGAGUGAAUUGUAUGUUUUUCAGAUGAA